AUGUUUAACAAAUUAUUCGGAAGUAAAAAGUCAUCCAAAGCCGUCGAUGAUGAACUCGCCCAAUUAGAAGAAGGCAAUGAUCAGAAACCAGUGACCACUUCAUCAUCUACAGCCUGUGUUCCUCCUGGAAUCAAUGUCUCACCCUUGUUACAGAAAUAUCCUUUGGAUAGUUUCAUCUCGGUUCGAUUAACCGGUGAAAAGUUUUCUGAUAAAGCCUCCACGCUCUUACCUUUGGUCGAGCAUCAUGUGAAAUGUCAUGUCAUGUAUCCCAUUGUUCAAGUCGUUUCGACCAUGACUUUCCGAAAUAAGAAUCAAAAAACAAUUGAAGGUGAAUUAAUGUUACCAAUGCCAGAAGGUGCUACACUGAUUGGUUAUGCUAUGGAAAUUAAUGGCAAACUUGUCGAUGCUGUUCCAGUUGAAAAGGAAAAAGCAAAGGAAGUCUUUGAAGCUGAAGUUCGAUCAGGAAAUAAGGUCUCAAUGGUUGAAAAAGUAGCUCAAUCGAAUUGUUUCAAAACUCGUUUGUAUCCAUUGCCCUAUGACACUGACAAGACUGUUCAAGUGAAAUAUCAAAUGAUGCUUUCCGAGAGAGUGAGUUCAGAGAAUGGUGAAAAGGGUGUUGUGAAAGGAAGUGCUUGGGUUCCAAUGUCCUUCUUAGAUUUUUCAGCACUCAGAUCAUCAAGCAAGAUUGAAUUCACACUCAAUGAAACCUCAUUGCAAGGUUAUGAAACUGAAGUCCAAAUGGGUCUUGCCAAAUCUGAAACUGAAAAGACCACUGAGCAUUUGUGGUCGAGUAAGAAUGCCAGUAAGAGAACUGGUUAUUUUGCAUUGACAAAGGCAGAUCUCAAAGAAAACAUGACAGGUUUCAAUUUGACAGUCACUAAAAAGACAGAUAGUGUCAAUGACAUUUUACUUGCUUGUGAGAAUGGUUAUUUUAUGACUUCUAUUCCUGUUCCAAAUUUGACUGACAAGUUGAAGAACAUGUCACGAAUUGGUGAUAAGGUUCAAAUUAUGUGGGAUUGUUCCAUGUCUCAAUCGGACAGUCAUGCCAAGAAUGUGAAAUUGUUAGAAUCCAUCCUUGGUGCAGUUGGAGCAAAAUCUCUUGUACUUUCUACAUUCUCAAAUGCUGUCAUUGAAACUAAGGAAUUCUCCUCUGUGAAAGAUCUUGUCAAGCAUGUGAAAGAUGAAGUUGUUUAUGACGGCGGUUCAAAUAUGCUCUUAUUGGACAGAGACUUGAUUUCAUCCAAAGUUGAUUAUUGCGUUGCAUUUACCAAUGGUGUGCAUACCUUUGGCCAUGAAAUUACUCCAAUGUGUAACUUUACCAAACCAGUCUAUUUUGUCAAUUCAUCAUCCGUUGUGAAUUCAUCCUUGUUGCGUCACAUUGCAACCAAGAGUGGUGGUUUGUAUCUUAAUGCCAAUGAACUCGAAGAACAGGAGUUAUUGGACUCGAUUGGAAAACCAGUGCUCUCCUUUGCUACUGCAGAUUUCGAAGAUGCUGAACUCGAAGAAGUGUAUCCAAACGAACCAGUUUCACUUAAAGAGGGAGAGGUCUUUAAAUUGUUUGGUAAAUUCAAAUCCAGUGGCAAGUCGUCUGUCAACGUUGCCGUCUCCUUCAGAUAUGGCAGUGAAGUGUAUCAUGUUCAAGAAAUUGCUUUACCAGUAGACACCACCAAUCAUGAAGAAGCAGCCAUUGUUCCACUCUUAUGGGCUCAACAAAAGAUUGAAUCUCUCUCUGCAUUCCCUCAUCUCUUCAAGGAUGAAAUCAAAAAGAUUGGACAAGAUUUCCGAAUUGUUACUGACAAUACUUCACUCUUAGUAUUGGAAACCUUAGAUCAAUAUUUGAAGCAUGAUAUUACUCCUCCUACUUCACUUCCCGAAGUAUUGAAACAAUUCAAUGAAUUGAAACAAAAAGAAAAACAAUCAGAACAAGAUCGUGAAAAAGAAAAGCUCGAACGAAUUAUUUCCAUGUGGUUGAGUCGUGUCCAAUGGCACAAGACUGAUUUUAACAUUCCUGAAGAGAAGGAGGUUGAAUAUGAUAAAUGUGCAGAAUCCACAUGUGUCAGUUUGGGAGGAUCCAUGGCAGAUCAAUUAUGUCCUCCACCACCAUCCAUGUUGAGUUGUAGUUUAAGCAGUGCCUUACCUUGUGCACCUCCUCCUGUUCUUAGCAGAUCCGCUCGACCAAUUAUGGAAGAGCGAGAAUGUUGUCGUUCGGAAUUGGAUUGCGAGCCUAUCUGUGAUGAAGUCGCUGAAUGUUGUAGCAAAUGUGUCAGCAUGGAUGAUGAGGAAGAAUGUGAAAAAGAGGAAGAACAAGUGGUAGAAAAAAAAUCUAGGAAAUCUGCCUCCUCUGGAAAGAAGGAUAAGAAAAAGAAAUCUGAAUCACAAGCACCACAAGCCAAACAAGUCUCAGGAGCCAUUAAAAUCAAACCAUGGACUCCAGAAGCUGCCUACUGUGCUGAAAUUGCCAACUCCUCCAACCCAUACAAGGAAUAUUUGAAACAACGAGAAAGUUACAGAGAUUCUCCAGCAUUCUAUCUCGACGUGGCUGAUUUAUUCUUGGCCAAAUUGAAGGACACGACUUUGGGUGUGAGAAUUCUUUCAAAUAUUUCGGAAUUAGAAUUGGAAAAUACUCAAUUAUAUCGUAUUGUAGGAUAUCGUUUGGAUCAAGCCAAUGAAUUGGAAUUGGCCGAAUGGGUCUUUGAAAGAGUGAAAAAGUUGUCACCUGGUGAACCUCAAUCAUACAGAGAUCUUGCCUUAGUGAAAGAAAGAAUGGGCAAAUAUCGUGAAGCUAUGGAACUGUUUAAUAAGGUCAUUACAGGAAAAUGGGACAUGAGAUUUGAUGAAAUUGAAUUAACAGUUGCCACUGAAAUGAAUCAUUUAUUGUUGAAGGAUAAGGAUUUACCAAUUGUGGACAAGAGAUUGAUUCAUCACUUUGAUUUGGAUGUGAGAAUUUCAAUGGCUUGGGAUACCAAUGAUGUUGAUAUUGAUUUGCACGUCCAAGAACCUGGAAGAUAUGGAGAGCAUGCUUAUUUCGGUCAUAAUCGAACCACUAUGGGAGGUUAUGUUUCAAGAGAUUUCAGACAAGGAUACGGACCUGAAGAAUACAUGCUCAAGAAGGCACAAAAAGGAACCUACAAAGCAACCACCAAUUAUUACGCGAGUCAUCAACAAUCCUUAACAGGAGGAACCACCGUUUUGUGUACCUUCUUUACCAAUUACAUGAGAGAAAAUGAACAAAGACAAAUGUUGACCAUUCGAUUGUCUUCACAUGCUCAAGAUGUGGUUGUGUGUGAAAUUGAUAUUCAAUAA